AUGAUUUUGAUCUAUAAGCAGAUCAAGAAGCGCAAUGAGAGGAAGAGAUUAGGGGCUCAGCGGUUGGAGUCUCAACCUCAGGGACAAGAGGAGUUGGCAGUUAUUAAUGGUGAAAAUACUGUUACCGAGGCAGCAGGCGAGAAGAAAGAAUUGUCACCAGAGGAGAAGACCGAAAAGAAACGCAAGAGAAUCUACCGAUUUAAGAUUGUUCUUGGCUUAUUCGGUCCUUUCUGUCUUCAGUCUUUGGAUACCACAAUUAUUGCAUCUGCAUUACCAUAUAUUGCAACUGAUUUCAAUCAAAUCAGCCAGUUGAAUUGGAUCAUUUCAUCUUUUAAUCUCACAUCCGCCGCAUCUUUAUUUUUCUGGGCUCAGCUUGCAGACCUAUUCGGCAGACAUUGGACACUUCAAUCUGCUAUCUUCGUCAUGGUAAUCGGUUCAGCCAUUUGUACCGGAUCCCCAACCUCAAAAUUCAGUGUCCUUCUCCUCGGUCGUGCCAUACAAGGAGUCGGCGCCGCCGGAGUCAACAUAUCUGUCCACAUAAUUCUCGCAGAUGGCGUCUCUUUAUCUGAGUUCGCCAUCAACUGGACUAUCUUCGCCAUGGUAUCGGGCGUAGGCUUCAGUAUCGGUCCCGUCAUCGGCGGAUACCUAACGACUGCCUCGUGGCGCUGGUGCUUCGCCAUUAAUCUUCCUAUCGGCGUGGUAGCCAUGAUUGUGGUUGGUAUUAUCCUGCGCAAGGACCUCAAGGGCCCGUCACCAUUACCACAGACCGAUGGCUUGAAUCUGUCAACCGCACCAGGACGCUUCGUCGCUCGCAUUCUGACUAUUGAUUUUGGAGGCCAGAUGCUGUUCCUUUGGGGAUUUGGUCUGCUUAUCCUUGCUUUCACUUGGGCUGGUGGUAAUUAUUCUUGGAACUCGGCUGCUGUCCUGGCGCCUAUUAUUAUUGGUGCUGUUUUUGCUAUUGGAUGGGUUGUAUAUGAACGGCUUAUGGUUCCUGGUGCUUUUAUGGCGCAGGCUUUGCCGCGUCAGAAGGCUAUGAUGCCUUGGGAGCUUUUCAGGCAAAGGGAUAUCUGUCUACUCUUUCUGAUCAAUUUCUCGAUGGGUGUCUCCAUGUUUGCGGUUAUGUAUUUCAUGGAUCUGUACUUUGAUCUUGUGGAAGGGCAAAGCUCUAGUACAGCUGGAACUUCGCUGCUUUAUUUCCUUCCUGGCUUGGGUGCUGGUGCGUACGGAGCCAUGUUUUCAUCCAACGUUUGGCCACGCCAAACUCUUCCAACACUCGUCCUAGGCAGUCUCACUUCUGCUGUCGGGAUCACCGUCUUAGCAUACGCCGUACACGCCGCCAAAACAAGCGUUAUCUACGGUAUGAUGGCGCUUGUCGGAUUUGGUAUCGGAAGCCGCAUGAACCCUGCUUCGUUGCACGGGCUAGCAUAUUUCCCCACUAUGACGGCCCAGAUCAGCAGUUUAGUUUCAUUUGCGCUUCCUUUCGGCGGUCUGGUAGGUUUGACUAUAAUGUCGACUGUCUUUACGAAUACAAGUGGUAAAGCCGAAAUGGAUCCAAGGGGCGGUAUUAUGUGGGCGUUUAUUGCUAUGAUACCGUUUAUGUGGAUUGCUGUGGUACUGACUACGUUCUUGGGAAAUGUAUGGAUAUUGAAGGAGGGUGGACAUGAGGUUGUCCGUGGUGCUUAUCUUUGGAGUUUUGUUACUCGCAAGAAACUUGUUAGGGAGAGACGAGAUCGUGGACUGAAGGAAGAGCCUGUUGGUCAGGAGAGGAAAGAUGUGAAUGAUGCUGAGAUGGGUCAUGUCGGCGCUGGUGCGAGGAGCACUGAUAAAUGA